AGCGUCCCCGAGCGCCCGCCCGCUCGGCUCUUCGGCUCGACGCCCGAACGGACCCGAAGCUGCCGCCGCUGCCGCCGCCGCCGCUGCUGCUGCGGAGAUGCGGCGGGGAAGAAUCUCUAUCCAAAAUUCCGUCAGGCUCCUCCUUGUUUGGUAACGAGAAGAAACAGAGAAUAAAGUGACGCUCCUUGCCCGUGUCUAUAUGAAGGAAGGGAUUGAAGAUGAGACGACUGAAUCGGAAAAAGACUUUGAAUUUAGUGAAAGAAUUGGACGCUUUCCCAAAGAUUCCAGAAAGCUACAUAGAGACAUCAACCAGCGGAGGAACAGUUUCUCUAAUAGCUUUUACCACCAUGGCUCUCUUAACCAUAAUGGAGUUUACGGUCUAUCGAGACACCUGGAUGAAAUACGAAUAUGAAGUGGACAAGGAUUAUACUAGUAAAUUAAGAAUGAAUGUAGACAUCACAGUUGCAAUGAAGUGUCAGCACAUUGGUGCUGAUGUCCUGGAUUUGGCAGAAACAAUGGUUGCUACUGCAGAUGGAUUGGUCUACGAGCCAGUGAUAUUUGAACUCAGCCCCAUGCAAAGAGAGUGGCAAAGGAUAUUACAAAAUAUUCAGGCCCGGCUGCAGGAAGAACAUUCUCUUCAAGACAUAAUAUUCAAAAGUGCUUUUAAAAGUGCUUCAACGGCACUUCCACCAAGGGAGGACAAUCCCAAGCAUUCGGCUGAUGCCUGCAGAAUUCACGGGCACCUCUAUGUGAAUAAAGUAGCAGGGAAUUUUCACGUCACAGUGGGCAAGGCAAUCCCCCACCCAAGGGGCCACGCACAUUUGGCAGCCCUUGUGAGCCAAGAAUCCUACAAUUUCUCCCAUCGGAUAGAUCACUUAUCUUUUGGAGAGCUCAUCCCAGGCAUUAUUAAUCCUUUAGAUGGCACGGAAAAGAUUGCAUCAGAUCACAAUCAGAUGUUCCAGUACUUUGUUACUGUGGUGCCAACAAAACUUCAGACGCACAAAAUUUCAGCAGAAACGCAUCAGUUUGCAGUGACAGAAAGGGAACGUGUGAUCAACCACGCAGCCGGGAGUCACGGAGUUUCUGGGAUUUUCAUGAAAUACGAUAUCAGUUCCCUCAUGGUGACUGUGACCGAGGAACAUAUGCCCUUCUGGCAGUUUAUAGUCAGGCUCUGUGGUAUAGUUGGAGGAAUUUUUUCUACUACAGGCAUUUUACACAGCGUUGGAAGAUUCAUAGUGGAAAUUAUCUGUUGCCGUUUCAGACUGAAGUCUUCCGAAUCUACACCUGUUCAACUUCCAGAUAGUCAACGAAACGGCCACGAAGCUGUAGCAACCGAAGACGCGACGCAAUAGCCCCUCCUUCAGAAACUCUUUUUGUCUUUCUGUCUUGAUGCGAAAAGACUUUUUUUCUUUUAAUAGCAAAAGAUUGUGCAAUACGUUCAGAGACAUGGACACGGGCGGGGUGGGGGAAAAGAGCCAUUUUUUUUCAGCAACGAAAGAAGGGAACACGAUGGACUUCUUGCCGUGACUUGUUCGUCCUUUUUAGGAUUUUGGAAAAAAAUAGCCGGGAUAAUCCUUUUAAUUUUAAAGUCCUACUUUACGAGAAUGGGACUUGCAAUCCCGAAACUGCACUUAAAUCGUGGGAACUAUCAACUCUACAUUCAGCGUUGCAGAGUCUCAAAAGGGAACGAAAUUGGGAAGAGGUGUGUUUUCCGUAGGCAGCCGAUGCGGGAAAAUUUGCAGCCGAAACUCAGCAGCUGUAUAAUUCUAGUUUUGAAAAACAAGGUGCGAGGAGGUGUGAUUUUUUUUCUUUCUUUUUUUAAAUCUCUCCCCCCCCCCCCCAAAAAAAAUCUUUUUAAAAUGUCACUCCUAUCGUAAGAAUGUGGAAAUUCCCAAGAAAUGGAGAAUGAAUGCACAAGAAAGGAAAUUAAAAUCUCACACUGGGAGCGUAGCAUGUA